AUGUCAUCCGCCGUCCUGGCUCGCGUCGCGCGGGCGAGCCUGUUCACCUCCCAGGCCUGCCGUCUGCGACCGGUGCGCGCCCUCCCAAUCGCUCCGUUCAAGACCGCAACAGCCGCCUUCUCGAGCGCCGGCAGGAGGCUUGCAGAGGAUGCACACGAUCCUCACCACGAGGAGAGCUUUGAGGAGUUCACUGCCAGGUAUGCCAAGCAAGACAUGGUCCUCCCCGGCCCUCAAUCGCUCGCCGUAGCAACAACCACCUCAAACUGCCUCAGACUUGCCGAUCACUCUCCGAACAACCUCAUGCGCUUCCAGACUUGACCUUCGCGGCUGACAUGCGCACUCAUGCAGAUACGAGAAGGAGUUCGAGCAAGUCCAGGACGUCUUCGAGCUCCAGCGUAACCUCAACAACGCCUUUGCCUACGAUCUUGUGCCCUCGCCAUCGGUCAUUAUCGCGGCGCUGAAGGCCGCUCGGAGAGUCAACGACUUCCCAACUGCAGUCAGAAUAUUUGAGGGUACGAUCACACAGCCCAUAAUACGACUCUCGGUAUGACGUGACGCAACUGACCCACCGCAGGAAUCAAGGCGAAGGUGGAGAACAAGGGCCAAUACGACGAGUACUUGCAAGAGCUGCAGGGCAUCCGGGAAGAGCUGGGCGUGAAUCUUAAGGAGAACUUGUACCCGGAGAGCUCGUAA